UACGGGAUCGUCGGCGCGCUUUAACAAGGAUGGUGAAUCCUAUUAUCGGCAAAGCACUAUUUCUCACACUUGGCACAAGCAUCUGGAUAUGGAUGCAAGCCUACGUGAAACCUCAGGUCGCAAUUCACGGUGAAAAAGUUUUGAAGCCACUCAAUCGCACAAUACCGAACGACUUUUACAGUGAGUCCUUCGGACGACACGAGUAUUCACAACUAAUGAAUAUUACUAUGCAUUACGUCACGAAAGGCUGUGAUGUUGAGAGGCGUCCUGUUAUACUUCUGUUGCAUGGAUUUCUUGAUUUCUGGUACGUUUGGAACAGGCAGAUACCAGUGCUUGCAGAAGACUUCUGCGUUGUAGCGCCUGAUCUACGUGGUUAUGGCAACACUACACGGCCAAAAGACAGCGGGCACUACCUGAUAACAAACCUCAUUGAGGAUGUGAAAGGACUACUUCACAAAAUAAACCCUCAACGCAAGAGAAGUGUCAUCCUCGUCGGGCAUGACUUGGGCGGCAUGAUCGCAUUUUGCUUCGCAACAUUAUACGAAAACAUGAUCGACAAGAUGGUAAUCAUCAACGGCAUGCAUCCCCUGGCUUUCACGAAGCAGCUGUUCCGAAGUCUCAACCAGAUGAGGAUGUCCUGGUUCACGAUUCCUUUCCGACAUCCGGUAGUUCCUGAGCAGUACCUGAUGCUAAAAGACCUCAGGUUUUUUGACAAGGUGCACAAGUCUUUCACCGCCAACGAGAAAUACGCACACAAGUAUGUAUUUUCGCAGCAAGGAGCACUUACCGGGGCUCUGAAUUACUACCGCUCCUUUAACAACGACAGCGACCAGCUUCAAAAACUACCUUACCGCAAAAUCAACAUAUCUACGCUGAUACUCUGGGGAGAGAAGGACGAGUUUCUAACCAGACGCAUCACAGCGUACAACCAAGAAUGGCUGAGGAAUUCCGAGUUGGUGUAUUAUCCCCGAGCAGGUCAUUGGCUCAUGCGGGAUUGUACUGAACAAGUCACAACGAGGAUCCGCCGGUUUGUGAAAGAUGCGGUACCAAGAAUAACGCCAAGUAGCUCGAUCGACAAAAAAAGGCAGCUCAGAUGCAAAGAAUCUGCGACGCCAUGGGCGCCUACCAACUGGCUCUUGAAAGUAAUUGCGUGGCUUCCGCGCCACACUAGACUUCCUACGCUCAUGGAGGAAUAAACAUCAGCACUAUCAACAAUGAAGCGUUUCCAACCCCCCCCCCCC